AUGACAGACAAGGAAGGGACAGGUAAUGGAGAACAGGAUGAUAUAUCCUUCUUGCGAACGGGUGACAUCGUAGCAUUGACAUGCAUGGCAUCUGCAAACCGAGAAGGAGUGCUUGGCUCUGAACGAGUUUGCCUUUGCACCGAAGGCUUCGGUAAUCGCAUGUGUGCGUUGGAAAAUGUCUCCAACAGAGAUCUCCCGCCUGAUAUAUCCAUGUGCAUGCUUUAUAUCGAUAACGCAUUAUCAGUACGAGCACUUCAAGAAAUGAUGAGCAAUGAUGGCGAGAUGAAAGGAACGGGCAGUGGCGGAGGUCACAAGACUCUUCUCUACGGUCAUGCCGUCCAGCUCAAACAUGUACAAAGUGAAAUGUAUUUGGCAUGCCUGUCGUCGUGUUCAUCUAACGAUAAAUUAGCAUUUGAUGUUGGUGUGCAAGAAACUAAUGAAGGGGAGUCUUGCUGGUGGACAAUUCAUCCCGCAUCCAAACAGAGGUCAGAAGGAGAAAAAGUUCGCGUUGGUGACGACGUUAUUUUAGUCUCAGUAGCAACCGAACGAUACUUACAUAUGACACACAGCAAAGGAUUUAUGGUGAUUGCGUCAUUUCACCAAACACUUUGGAACAUCACCUCAGUCAGUUCAGGAAGUAUACGAACUCGAAAUAUGGGAGCACUUUUUGGUAACGAUGUUCUGCGACUUUUUCACGGAAACGAUGAAGUGCUGACUAUUCCUGAGAAUUGGAGUGAACAUCCACAGCAUAACAUGGUAAUUUACGAGGGUGGAGCGGCAGUAUCGCAAGCAAGAUCACUCUGGCGGAUUGAGCUUAUCCGAAUGAAAUGGCAUGGAGCCUUGGUUGGUUGGGAGCAGCCUUUUAGAAUUAGGCAUAUUACUUCUGGAAGAUAUUUGGGAGUGAUGGAAAAUGCUGUUCAGUUGUACCACAAAGAUAAAGCUGAAUUUGAUACGACUGCGUUUGUUAUGUACCAAACUAAGGAUUUAAAAAAACAAAUGUUGGAAGAAAAGGAAGAGGAAGGAAUGGGUAUUGCUACGAUUUUUUACGGUGAAACUAAUGCUUUUAUCCAGCAUAUCAAAACUGAACUAUGGCUUUCUUAUCAAACAACAGAAAUUACUAAAAAAGGACUUGGCAAAGUUGAAGAGAAAAAAUCUGUGGCUUUAAAAGACGGCCACAUGGAUGAUUGCUUUACAUUUUUCAUGGCUCUUGAAGAAGAAUCAAAAUCUGCUCGAGUCAUUCGGAAGUGUUCUUCCGUACUCAAUCGAUUUUUGAAAGGAAUUGAAGCAUUGCAACGAGAAGGUAAUCAAGCACCUGAUUGGAAUCGAGUUGAUUUAAGCGAAGUUUUGAAACUUAUGGAAGAUUUAAUUGAAUAUUUUGCUCAACCUGAAGGAGAAGACUUUGAAACUAGUCAAAACCGUUUAUAUGCAUUGCGAAGUCGUCAAGAUUUGUUUCAAGAAGAAGGUGUCCUUAAUAUGAUUCUUGAUACCAUUGAUAAGUUUUCACAGAUGGAAGCACUGCCUGACUUUGCUGGAUAUCUUAAUGAGGAAACGCAGAUGAUGUGGGAUGAAAUCUCCACAUAUUUGUACCUACUAGUUGCUGCGAUGAUCAAAGGUAAUCACUAUAACUGUGCACAAUUUGCAUCAGCCCAGCGUUUGCAGUGGCUAUUCGGACGACUAUCAAAUCCUCAAUCUGCAGAAGGUAUUCUUGAUGUAUUAUACUGCGUGCUAACUGAGUCACCAGAAGCUUUGAAUAUGAUCAAUGAGAGUCAUAUCAAAUCUGUGAUAUCACUUUUGGAAAAAGUGGGAAGAGACCCUAAGGUUCUUGAUGUCUUAUCGUCACUUUGUGAAGGCAAUGGCAUGGCAGUGAGAAGCAGUCAAAAUACGAUCACGCAGCAUUUGUUGCCAGGAAAAGAUCUGUUGCUGCAAACAAAAAUGAGAGAUCAUGUCAGCAGCAUGGCACCGAAUAUUCUUGUUGGUGUCAUUGAGGGCAGCUCGCAGUUCAAGCGAUGGUACUUUGAAGCGCAAGUUGAACACAUUGAACAAAUGACUAAAACUGCGCCUUACCUUCGCAUUGGCUGGGCUAGCAGCGUCGGCUACAAGCCUUUUCCCGGUUCAGGCGAUGGAUGGGGUUGCAAUGGUGUUGGUGACGACUUCUUUUCGUAUGGAUUUGACGGUCAAUACACUUAUUGUGCUAGUAAAAAACGCAUGGUUUGGAAUCGAGCGCUCCAAAAGGGUGAUAUUAUCGGCUGCUCACUGGACCUGAACAUUCCUGAAAUAGCUUUUACAAUCAAUGGACAACAGACUACAGGAGUAUUCAAGAACUUCAACAUCGAUGGUUAUUUCUUUCCUGUCAUGUCACUUUCUGCUAAAGUCAGCUGUCGUUUCAUGUUCGGUGGAACAGAAGGUCAUCUUAGAUUCGGACCUCCUUCAGGAUUUAGUGCACUAAUUGAAGCAGCUACAAAUCAACUUGAAAUCAGAGAAUGUCUUUCCUUCGGUGAAAUCACCAAAAAUGUCUUCAUCGGCCCAAGUACCCUACAUCACAACACAAAACCAUUUGUUCCAACUCCAGUUGACAUCUCAAACGUUGUACUACCACAUUUUGCUACCAAUAUUCAUGAGAAACUGGCCGAAAAUUUGCAUGAGCUAUGGGCGAUGCGAAAAAUAGAACUUGGAUGGAGUUAUGGCGAGGUAAGGGACGAGAAAAUGCGCCGUCAUCCGUGCCUUACAUCAUUCCAGCAAUUGCCGCAGAAUGAGAAAAUUUACAACAUCAAUCUGGCUAUUAAUACCAUGAAAACAAUCAGUGCUCUUAGAUAUCAUAUGAUCUCAGAUGAUCCACCGGUUCGAUUGAGACCAAUACGACUUCCUCAGAAUUAUCAGCAAAGUAAUGGAUUCAAGCCUCAACCUCUAGACUCUCGCGACAUUAGUCUCGGUGAAAAUAUGUACCCGCUGAUUGAUGCUUUGGCUAAAAAUACUCACAAUGUUUGGGCGAAGGAGAAAAUUCGACGCGGUUGGACUUUUGGACUUAAUGAGUUUGUGGAUUUGAACCAAAAACGAAGCCCACACUUGGUACCAUAUGAGGUGGUUGAUCAGCGAAUCAAAGAAGCAAACAAAGAAUCUGCUACGGAAUUCAUCAAAGCUUUACAACUUUUUGGAAUUUUCCUUGAACCUCCCGUUCUGGAGCAUGAUGAAGGUGCGGAAAAAGAAAUGAAAGCGAUGCAAUCAGCUUCUCUUACAUAUCGAGCUGAAGCACUGUACGCAGUUUCCAGCGGUAAAUGGUACUUUGAGUUUGAGGUCCUGACUUCUGGAUUCAUGAAAGUGGGAUGGAUGGAUAUAGGAGCACUCCCAACGGUUGAUCUUGGAAUGGACGAUCGAUCUUACGGAUUUGAUGGUCAUUUGGCUCGGAAAUGGCAUCAAGGAGCUGAGGCAUAUGGAAAAGAAUGGAAAGUUGGAGAUAUAGUUGGAGCAUUUCUUGAUCUCAAUGAUCGAACGAUCUCAUUUUCGUUGAAUGGAGAAUUGCUUUUAGACCCUUCCGGUUCAGAAAUGGCUUUUGACAAUGUCAUUGUAACAGAUGGCUUUGUACCAGCAAUGACAUUUGGUGCAGGACAAAAAGCGAGAUUGAAUUUUGGGCAAGAUUCAGAUAGUUUAAAGUAUUUCACUACGUGUGGCCUCAGAGAAGGAUAUGAGCCAUUUUGCGUCAAUAUGUAUCGGCAAAUGCCAAUGUGGUACGCUAAGAAACUGGCGCAGUUCGAAGAGAUCGGAGGAGAUUCGAAGAUAGAAUUGUCACGAAUCCCAGCGACCGGAAACAGUCCCCCUUGCCUCAAAAUCACUCAAAAAGAGAUUGAUACUGGUGAUACAUCCACGCAAGACAAAGCUAAAAUGGAAUACAUUCGCUUGUCAUUGCCUGUAAAAUGUAAUGAGAAACUGCAAUUGAACAAGAAUAAAGAACUGAUAAUGCGUUCUGUGCAUGAAGUCGAGGAACAAAUGGCAGAAAUUCCAGCAAUAGUUACCAUUCAUCAUCCAACUAUUCCAAAAGAAUUCAGCGAUGAUAUGAAAGGGAGUAAGAAAUCACUUGGUCGAUCGUUACUGUCUGCUUUUAAGCAUAAUAUUGAAGAAGACGAAAGCUUAACACGUUCAAAACCAACAUCGUUUGAGAGUGAUCAGCCACCAGAAACAUCUGCCGUAAGAUUGUCUGAUAGCAUGCUUGAACUGUCAAGCAAUGGAGAACAAAGAGGGAUCAAGCAUAAACGAGGUGGUUUGAUGGCCAGAUUCCAUCAUCGAAGAAAGGAAGGAUCACUGAAUGAAAAUAAACGUGCGAAUGACGUACCACUCACAGAUGGACAAGUUACAACCGCUGAUGCCACUUCUACAGAGAGCGCUUUGCUAUUUGGGAUAAAAGAUAAUCAAGAAAUGCCUCUUUCGGGUCCCGGCCGGUUGCAGUCUCGAAAGAUGACAGCGAACGCGAAGGUGAAAAGGGAUAAAAAUGACGUUUUACUGGAGCAUCACAGACCAUCCAUUGUAGCUUUGGAAUCAGGUACCACGGCAGAAGGAAGUGUUCCAGAUGAUGAUUUACAGGUCAUGAGUCAGCUCAAAGACAAGAUCGAUGAGUUUUACUAUGCAGUACGAAUCUUUCCUGGACAAGAUCCCGGGAAUGUUUGGGUUGGUUGGGUAACACCGAAGUAUCAUUUCUAUGCAGAACGUUUUGUAGCUGCAGAAGCUGUAAGAUGUUGCAAAUACCAGGAUAUAAACAAACGUGAAAAUGAAAGUGGCGGCUUAGAGUAUCGAAAUUGCUAUGUGAUGAACGCGGCAGAAUUAAUGCAGUCUGUACCGGAUUCUGGGAAUACAAAAGUGUCUGGUCUUCUGAUAGGUUGUAUCAUAGAUACAUCGAUAGGGGAAUUGUCUUUCCUAGCUUCAGGCCAAGACACUGGUUUCAGAUUUAAACUGGAGCCAGGGGCCAUGCUAUAUCCUGCCGUGUUUGUUACUCCAACAAGUAAUGAAGUUUUGCAGUUUGAACUUGGACGAAUCAAAUACACAUUUCCACUGUCGUCAACAAUGUUCAAGUCAUCAUACAAAAGUUUGCUGCCAUUCUGUCCUCCACGGCUUACUGUAGAAAAGUUGAGGCGUGUGCAGUGGGCUCGCGUACCAAAUGAGUGUUUGCGUACAACGGCACUGAAACUUUCAGAUUUUCGAGGUUGGUCAGUGCUUUGUGAUGAUCCUGUACAUAUUAUGUCUAUUUACGUCCCGGAAAAAGACGUAAGCUAUGAUGUUUUGGAAAUGAUCGAGCAUUCCGAUUUCUUAGCAUUUCAUCGACAAACUUUAAAUUUGUACUGUAAAUUAGCAGCUCAUGGAAACCAGAAAGUGGCUCAUAUUUUAUGUUCACAUGUAGAUGAGGACCAGAUCAUGUAUGCCGUGAAGAGCCAUUAUCUCUCGGGACCACUUCGACAAGGAUUCCACGAUUUUUUGAUAGCUGUACAUCUACGCACAUAUGAAGACGCAAGACAUUCCGGUGCUCAUGAUCCUGAAAAUGAGAGUCGCUUCCCACAAAUUCUCGGGCCAACCAUUUCCAUUCGACCGAUGGUUCCUUGCAGUACAGAACUUACUGAUUUUGGCAAGGAUGUAGAACUAAAAUUAUUGCCACCUGCCUUUAAUUUCGCUGCUUUAAAAGCAUAUGUAAUGUCAGCAUUGAGCAGCGCAACCAAACAUGCUGUGAUCAAUUGUCGAGACUUAAUCGGCGGGAAUUGUUUAAAUCAUUUUGAACCGUUGUUCAAGUUAUUCAAUUCAAUGUUAGUCAUUGGCAUGUUUGAUGACGAUGACCUGAAAAAUGUGCUUAAAUUGAUUCAUCCAGUAGCUUUUGAUGAAAAUUAUGUACCAGGUUCUAGGCAAAAAGGUCUGACGGAAAUUGAACUAGCUGAAGGAGUAAAGAUUCAGCUUACAAUUAUUCUCGAAAAUAUUUGCGAUAUUCAACUGCGACAUCGGGUCGAAUCGCUUAUCUUAUUUGCUGCCAGAUUUGUGGCUGAUUUACAGCAAGAUCAAUGUUCAAGAUACAUGGCAAUCAAGCAAACGGAUAUGACUCCUGCCGAGGCGGCCAAACGUACAAAGGAAUUUAGAUGUCCACCACGUGAACAAAUGUUUCGUCUGUUGAAAUGUAAAGCCGUUUCGGAUGACAGCGUUGGCAUAAUUUUGGAUGACGAAGUAGAAACCGAUCAGUGUCCUAUGAAUGAGAACUUGCAGGAACAACUUAGGGAAUUUUGUGCCCUAUUAGUGCGUAAAAUAGGCUGUGUUAAAAAUGAAGAAGAAAAUAAUAAGCUAGCCGAGCUGAUAAUAAUGGAAGAAAGCAGUUCUUGGGUAGACCAACUAGCACAACUAGUCAUUCAUGUUCCACCACCACCAAUUAGUGACAUCGAUAUUGUAAGCCAGAAUGGAACUGAUAAUUUUAGACAGAUGAUAUGCACAAUGCUGAAAACUUGGGCUACAUCAACAACUAUUGAAAGUAACGAUCUGAUCCGCAAGAUGUUCAGUCUUCUCUUGCGACAAUACACCGGUGUUGCUGAAAUAAUGACAGCACUGUCGCAUACUUACGUGUUGCAUGAACGUAACAUUGAAGAUGUGCAAGAUUUCAUUGAAAAUCUUGUCAAAGUUCGGGAAUUGCUCAAUGUACAGAAGUUAAUGAAUAAUAAAAUCUUCUUCCAACACCCUGACCUCAUGCGUUUAUUAACAGUUCAUGAGGAUGUAAUGUCAAUUAUGAUGAACAUUUUAACGGCUCAACAAGGAGCUGCUGAACAUGGAGAACAUGCAGAACCUGUUGAAAGUACUGAAGAUAUUGCUAGCACAGAAGAAUUAAAGGAUGCAUCCGAAAUGGUUGUCGCAUGUUCACGUUUUCUGUGUUACUUCUGUCGUACGUCGCGCUACAAUCAAAAAGCAAUGUUCGAGCAUUUGUCAUUUUUACUCGAUAAUGCGACAAUGCUUCUAGCAAGGCCAAGGUCUGUACCACUUGAUGUCGCGUACUCGAGUUUCAUGGAUAAUAAUGAGCUAGCUUUAGCACUGAAAGAAGAAGAACUUGAUAAAGUGGCGGUGUACUUGAGUCGAUGUGGACUGCAACCGAAUUCUGAGCUGAUCGCCAAGGGUUAUCCAGAUAUCGGUUGGGAUCCCGUUGAAGGUGAACGAUAUAUUGACUUCCUUAGAUUUUGUGUUUGGAUCAAUGGAGAAAGUGUAGAAGAAAAUGCCAAUUUGGUAAUACGAUUGUUAAUCCGCCGACCGGAAUGUCUAGGUGUUGCACUCAAAGGUGAAGGACAAGGAUUGUUUUCUGCGUUCAAGGAGGCGAUUGCAUUGUCGGAGGAUAUUCGAGCAUUAGAAGAGAACGAAGAUCGUGUCAUUUUCCACAGCGGACUGCUAAGUGAACAACCACAUUAUCCGAAUAAGGAGGCAGAAGAUGAAGACUACGUUGAUCUCGGGGCAGCAACGCUCGAUUUUUAUUCUUCACUUGUCGACUUGCUUGCUAAAUGUGCUCCAGAUAAACUUAAUAUACAAGCUGGAAAAGGAGAUAGCUUGAGAGCUCGAGCUAUAUUGCGCUCGCUGAUUUCCUUAGAUGACUUAGGACAAAUUCUAGCUCUACGAUUCACAAUUCCAAACUUGAUCUCAUCCACACCAGUUGAUGAUGCCGGACCAUUACCAGGUCUUCUACCAAGUCAUAAACAAUCAGUGCUUCUAUUUCUGGAUCGAGUUUAUGGUAUUGAUUCCCAGGAAAUGCUAUUUCAAUUCUUGGAGAAAAGUUUUCUGCCUGAUCUUCGUGCUGCUACUAUGAUGGAUUCGCCACGUGCUUUGGAAAGUGAUACAGCACUGGCGUUGAAUCGUUACUUAUGUAACGCUGUUCUUCCACUCCUCACCAGUCAUUCGUAUUACUUCUCAGAUGCUGAACAUCACAGUGCUCUUCUUGAUGCUACAUUACACACAGUAUAUCGUAUGAAUCAUUUACGAUCGCUGACUAAGAAUCAACGUGACGCCGUAUCAGACUUUUUAGUCGCGAUCACUCGCGAAAUCCCUCCUGUGAUGAUGAUUAAAUUGAUGCGAAAAGUGAUCAAUGAUAUUCAAGAGAUGACGGAAAAUGUUUUAGUGCCAUUGAGAAUUUUAACGCUUCAUUACGAACGCUGCACAAAAUAUUACGGUUCAGGAAAUAUGUAUGGCAUGGCUUCAGAAACAGAGAAAAGAUUGUCUAUGCUGCUUUUUUACUCAAUUUUUGACUCAUUAGGAAGCAAGCCGUAUGAUCCAGAAUUGUUCGGCAGUGCUCUUCCAUGCCUGACUGCUAUUGGCUCGGCUUUAUCACCAGAUUACACGUUGACGAAAGCGAGUGAUGACAUGGAUAAAACCCAGAAAGCAAACGAUCGCGGGGUUUGGAGUCCGGAACCUGUAGAUGUGGGCAAGGUUCGCUUGAGCGAUGAUCUAAAAUCAGUGAUUUCAAAAUUUGCGGAGCAUUUUCAUAACUCGUGGGCUAGCAGAAAGCUUGACAAAGGCUGGACUUUUGGUGAAUUGUAUUCCCGUCAAAGCCAAACGCAUCCGAGACUGAAGCCCUUUGCAUUACUGCUUGACUUCGAGAAGAAUUUUUAUCAAGAACGUUGCGCAGAAUGUGUGCGUGCUCUACUCGCUUGGAAUUAUUCGAUCGAGUUGACAGAUUACGAUGCAGCCGAUAAAGCAGCUCAAAACAGUAGCUCAUUAUCCACUUCCAUGGAGAACUUCAAUCCUAAAGCAGUGGAUUUAUCAAAUAUGACUUUGGAAAAAGAUAUGAUGGGCAUUGCUGAGAAAAUGGCUGAACAGUCGCAUAACAUUUGGGCAAGAAAGAUGCUCGCCGAUCUAAGUAGAGGAGGAACAUUGCCACCACAGCUGGUGCCUUGGGAUUUACUGACUGAUUUUGAACGACGAAAAGAUCGUUUUCGUGCAGCCGAAAUACUGAAAUUUUUCCAGUACCAUGGAUAUCGUAUUUGGAGUCCUCGUAAGAUAGAACCAUCAUCUGAACGUAUAAAAACGGAAAGUGAACGUGGCUCGGUGGAGAAACGAUUUGCAUACAAUUUGUUGGAGAAGCUAAUUCAAUAUCUGGAGCAAGCAUCAACGAAAAUGAAGACAAUCAAGCCAAGUCAAGAAUUGACUCGUCGCAACAGUUUCAAGAAAGAAGGCCAAGAUGUGAAAUUCUUCGAAAAGGUAGUAUUACCGUUAAUGCAUACUUACUUCAAUGCUCACAAAAACUACUUCUUGGCCAGCAGUAGUAUUGUGCAGACUGGAGCCGCAUCUGAUAAAGAAAAAGAAAUGGUUACGAAUUUAUUCUGUCGUUUGGCAUCGCUACUUCGAAUUAAAAACCAUGCAUUCGGCAGCGUUGCAAAAAUAACAGUGCGCUGCUUGCAAGGACUCACUCAAGCACUCGACCUGAGAACAUUGGUGAAAAUGAAUUCAGAUAUUGUACGUACUGGUUUGUUGACAUUUUUCAACAACUGUGCUGAUGACUUGUAUUUCGGUGUUAAAGAACUGCAAAAUGGCGGACAAUAUUCACUGCUAAGAGGUCAAAAUUUGACAUCUUGGUGCUCUUUGGAAUUCGCGAAUCAGAUGAUCAUUCCUGUUUUGACCACAAUGUUUGCACAUUUGGCGCAAAAUCAUUUUGGCUGUGACUUGCUAUUAGAUGAAAUUCAAGCGGCAUGCUAUAAGAUUCUUGAUAGCGCUUAUCUCUUGAACAGUUUGGCCGCAACGACAUCUCAGCGAAAGUCCAUCGCCUUUGAAAUGGAAAAACAUCGUCCAGCUCUUGGUCAUUGCCUUGCGGCAUUUGCUGGUUGCUUUCCAGUAGCCUUUUUGGAAGCUGAAUUUAAUAAAAAUAACAAAUAUUCAGUACUUGCCAAGUCUCAAGAUCAGUCCGUACAAGUACAAGAAAUGCUGCAAAACUUAUCUGCUCAUAUUCCGCAACUGGAAAAAUUACUGAGUGACCUAGAGCAAGUAGGUCAGUCUGGUGCUAGUUAUCGCGAUCAACCAGCCACGUAUGACGUUGAUUUACCACUUAUUUGUUCUUAUCUAACAUACUGGUGGCAAUAUGGGCCAGACAGCAGUAACCGAUCUUCGUAA